AAGAAAGACAGCGAGUCAAUGAAUACCAUUGCCAUUAUUACGCUGUUUUAUCUGCCCACGACAUUUGUUUGCAGCUUUUUCGGGACUAAUUUCUUUACGUUGGAGGUUAGUAACGAUGGGCGCAAGUCGCUGUUUGUGUCUGAGCUUUGUUGGAUAUAUUUCAUGUCUACCCUGAUACUUACUGGCUUUACGGUUGCGGUGUGGUUGAAGUGGUUGAGGAAGAAGAGCAAG